GUUUCAGCUGUUGACGCAGACGCUGGUGACAACGGAGAGAUCGCGUACACAAUUCAGUUCUCAACACUGCAGCCUUCAGCUUUCACUAUCAAUAAUCGAACUGGCAAUAUUACCUUGUCCAGAGACCUUCAGUACUCCGAUGUUGGUGCUCAUCACUUGAGUGUUAGUGCUGCUGAUACAGGACGACUCAUGGG